CUCCCCUUUUCAGUGGUGUUUCCACAUUGCUAGUGAGAGAAGAGGUGUUUUAAGAGGCUGAAGUUACUUCAAGUCAUUUAACCUCCUUUUUUUAAGUUAUUUGAGAAGUGGCGUGUUGUGGAGUGAUGCAGCUGUGCGGAAUCUGCAGUGAAAAUCUCCCUAAAUACAGAUGCCCAGCCUGCAGGAUCAGAUACUGUUCACUGGGUUGCUUUAAGAAACACAAAACUGAUGAUUCCUGUCAGCAAGUGAAAGAUACAACACCUCCUGUCACCACACCACUUCCAGAAGUCUGUGCGAGCACUGCUGAGGAGCCCUGGACUGCUGAUGAUCUCCUGGAUGAGGACAGCCAGUCAGACAGAGUUCCUCUUGAAAGACUUCAACAAUUAGGUGAAUCGGAGGCCCUCAGGAGUGUGCUGCAGAACCCACACCUCCGGCAGCUGAUGAUGGCGGUGGAUUCUGCUGAGGACAAAGCGAAGGCCAUGAAGAAAGCCAUGCAGGAGCCGCUGUUUGUGGAGUUUGCUGAUCAGUGCUUGAAAAUUAUUGAACCAACAGAAGAAGGAAGUGAUGAGGAAUGCUGACCUGAUCAGAGACUUAAACUGUAUUAGGGUAUGGAUGAGAUGGGAUGAUUUAAUUUGUUUAUCUUUUGCAAUAAUAAUUGAGAUGCACCAUAUGGACAAAAGUAUUGGGACACUUAAAGGAGUUUUAAUGACCUCCCAUUCUUAACCUAUUGUCAUUAGUUUGGAGUUGGUCCCCUUUCACAGCUCUGACAGCAGGUGUGGAGCAGAGUAUUCAUGCUCUGCAGGUAUUCAUCAGCAGAGUAUUGGACACUUUUUGGACUCUUUACUCUGGAACUUUACAUAGUUCCACACUUCAUGGCUCACUGAUUAAGAGUGCUUUUUUUUCCAGAUACUGAUGUAUUUUACAGUAACCGUACAGCCUCCACACACAGCAGUUAUAAUAGUUUUAUAAGAGACACAAUACACAGUACCCUCACAUGUACAUUUAAAAAGUUUUUUUUUUUGUAUUUACAGGUGCAUUUAAGUAAAACAAAAAUAAAACAAU